AUGCUGCGGUUGAUUUUCCACGCCCUUCUGCGGACGUGUUAUUCUGAACGAAUUCACCGUUUUCGUGGCUAUCUGCUGACUAAGUCUACAGUCAAUCUGGCCCGAAGGGACACUCCAUGUGUAUCAAUUGGCGCUCUACUUGCAGACAAAUACAUAAUCUCGAGUCUUUUCUUCCUGACAUUGAUCUGCAUUUGGCACGGUGGAAUCGCUGUCAUUGAAAAGGUGGCAAUGCGAUUCGACAUUCCGCUAUGGUCAGAUAUGGAACUCUACGUCAUCCUGCUUAUCGGAAUCGGCUACUUUGCUUUUAACGUCGGAUUCAUACUCAUGAUCUACUGUGUUGCGUGCAAACGAAGGCGGGACAUGAAAUCAAAGGACUCAGAGUACCUGGUGAGCACACUCAAUGGAUUUACGUAA